UUUGCUCUCCUUAUUCUCCUGCUGGGUCUAAAACAUUCGGGGCUUUUUUUCUCCCCCCCUCUAGGUCCACAUGAUGGGACAACUACUGCUUCAGAGUGUGGUGAUCCUUUGGCUUGUGCAGACGGCACACACAGGAGGUUACAGCGCUGCCUCCGGAGUGUCCAAUGGACACGGGCCACAGCCUAACGGAGGGAGACCUCAGAACGGUGGAGGUAUAGGAAGAAUGCUGAUGCCAUCAAAAGGUGUGGGUCAGGCAAUGGGUGCACAAAAUGGAUACGGUGGAUACCCCACGAAAGGAGUAGGCUAUGGAGCAGCUGCUGGUGUGGCUAAUGGAGGAGGGGUGAAAGGCUAUGGAGCAACAGCUGGUGUAAACAAUGGACAAGGUGGCCAACAACAAGGUUAUGGUGCUCAAGCUGGUCCAACCAAUGGACAACAAAUUAAAGGCAAUGGCUACGGUGCACAAGCUGGUGUAUAUGGCGGACAAGGAACUAAAGGAAAUGGCUAUGGUGCUGCAGCCGGUGUUUCUAAUGGAAAUGGAGCUAAAAUCAAUGGUUACGGCGCACAAGCUGGUGGAUACGGCGGACAAGGAACAAAAGGAAAUGGUUACGGAGCUCCAGCUGCUGGAGCACCAAAUGGAAACGGAGGCCGAACGAAUGGUUAUGGUGCAGCAGCUGGUGUUCUGGGUGGGAAUGGAGCCAAACCCAAUGGAGGAAAUCCAGCAGUUUUACCCGGUGGAAAUGGAGCUAAAUCUAAUGGAUAUGGUGCUCAAGCUGGCCCGACCAAUGGACAACAAAUUAAAGGCAAUGGCUACGGUGCACAAGCUGGUGCAUAUGCCGGACAAGGAACUAAAGGAAAUGGCUAUGGUGCUGCAGCCGGUGUUUCUAAUGGAAAUGGAGCUAAAAUCAAUGGUCAAGGAGCUGCAGCUGGUCCAUCCAGUGGCAAUGGGGCAAGACCAAAUGGACAGGGCGGAGCUGGAAGUAAACCUAUGAAAGGAUACGGCAGACCACCUUAUGGGGCAGGCAUAGGGAUUGGAGCCUCCAGAGGUCUGGGAGUACCUCAGCUUGCUAGAAACCAAAGGAUGCAAGCAUAUGGUGGUAAUGGUUAUGGAGCUCAACCCAUGGGAGGCUACAAUGGUGGUUAUGGUAGUGCUGGUUUGGGUCUCGGAUCUCGGUAUGGAAAUGGAGGGAUGAAGGGGCCAAAGCCAGGCAAUGGUGCUGCAGCUGGUGUGAGCAAUGGACAAGGUGCAAAACCCAAUGGUUAUGCUGGAGCCAGAGCCCCUAAUGGAAAUGGAGCCUUACCGAAUGGUUAUGGAUACCCAAGUGGUGGAGCCAACAAACCAGCAAAAUCAGGUUACGGAAAUGGGUACGGUGCCAAACCCAAUGGAUAUGGAGCCACCAGAGGAGGCGCAAUGAGACCCCAACCAGCUCAAGGUUAUGGAAAUGGAGCUGUUCCCAACGGAUAUGGAACAAAACCCAAUGGUUAUGGAGCUGCAGCCGGAGCUGGAGCUGGUGUUCCCAAAAGUUAUGGAGCCAAACCCAAUGGUAAUGGAGUUAGAAAUGGUGCCACACUAGGAGGAUAUGGAGUGCCUGCAGGAUACGGAGGGCCAAACAGAGGCUUAAAACCUCAAACUACCAAAGGAGUUGGAGCAGUGUCACCUGGUGAAGGUGCUAAAACACUCAGCACUGGUUACAGUGGUCCUGCUGGUGUACCUAACGGACAUUUGGCCAAUACUGGUUACGGCAUGAUGCCGAAUGGAAAGGGUGCAGGUGCGUCCAAUGGAAAGGGCCUUAAAGGAGGAGUUCUCUCUCUUGAGCAGCCGAGUGCAGCACCAGUGGAGGGUGCUACACCUCAACAAGCAACUCGAGGUGCAGCACCUGCUGCCCCAGAGCCGACCAGUGGUAUCCUUGUUAUGGUGACGCAAGAGAAAUAUCAAAAGCUGCCUUCACCUGUGCCACAAGGAAAAAGCUACAAACAGACACCACUAAUCCCCCAGGCUACACCAGAACCAGCACCAGCUCUUCCUCAAGGCAAAGCCCUAAAGCCUGCACCGGAGCCCACACCAGAACCAGCAUCCAUGGGUUCAAGAGCAGCCACAUCUGGAUCUGCAUCAGGAGUUCUCCAGGUUAACCCAGCACCAGAGCCAGCAGCAGCUCUACCUCAAGAGAGUGCAGGAGGAGCUACGAUCUCCAAAGGACAGGGAGCUAAAGCAGCCAAACCUGACUGUGGACCGUCGGGAGUACCAAAUGGACAAUGGAUGAAAAUUCCACGACCUGGUUAUGGAGGUUAUGGUAAUGGAGGUGCUGGAGCAUCCUCUGGCACAAACACAAAAGGUCUUGGAGCAGGAGCCGGUCUUCCAAACGGAUAUGGUGGUAAACCAAACGGAUACGGUGCCAGUGCGGGAGGAUAUUCAAACGGAGGCGGAGCUAAAGCAAACAAACCAGGUUAUGGAGCAGGAGCCUACCCUGUCCCUGGACUUAUCAAUGGAUAUGGAGCUGGAUUUGGAUAUCCUUAUGCAGGGAAACCUCAGCAACCUGGUUACGGACAAGGAGCUUACCUUGGAGCUGGAUAUGGAAAUUCAUAUGGAGGUAAUACAGGUCUGGGUGAGGCAGGAAAGUCUAAAUCAGGGUAUGGAAAUGGUGCUGCUGUACAGCCUGACUAUGCAAGUCUUGGCCAGGGUGUACCUGCUGCCAAUGGCAAAUCAGGUGGGGCCAAACAGACUCCCUACAAUGGCGCACCGAUCGUUCCUGUUGGUUUAGAUGGUGUGAGCCAGUUUGAGCCUCAGUCUGCUGGCCUUGGUCCAAAUGCAAAAUUGGGCAGCAAGUAUGGUGGAAUGGGCGGUUUGCCUUUUGGUGGCCAGACACUUGGAAUGGGCGCAGAGAAAACAAACGCCAAGUACGGCAUUGGUGGGCUGCAGUUUGGUGGACAACCCCUCAGUACAGGGACGAAUGGUGCAGGACAUUAUGGUCGUUAUGGUGGAAGCCCCUAUGGUGACGGCAAAUCAUCUGGAAAAUAUGGUGGUCUUGGUGCAGGCACGGGAAGGGAUGCUGCAACUGGAACAUAUGGAUAUGGUGGGUUCCCCAAUGGUGGGCAACUUGUUGGUCUUGGCGGUAAUGGAAAUAUACCUGGCAAAUAUGGUUAUGGAAGAAUGCCUCAUGAAGCUCAACCAGCUGGACUGAGCCCUGAAGCCAAAUCUACUGGCAAAUAUGGUCUGUCUGGCCUACAGUACCAGUCUGAAUCUGUUGGACUUGGACAGAAUGGAAAAUUAACAGGCAAAUACGCUGGUGGCGACGUUCCCUAUGCACCACAAACUCUUGGUUUUGGGAGUGAAGCAAAGUCUUCUGGAAAAUAUGAUAACCAGGCGCAGCCCCUUGAAUCUGCAUCUGAAGGCAGAUCUGGUGCAGAAUAUGAUACAGCUGGUUUACCUUAUGAGCCCCUGCCUCUUGAGCCGGAUUCAGCUGGAAAAUCCUACGAAAAUGUGGGCUAUAUAAAUGGACAAGUGCAGCCAGAAGUUGUUGCAUUUCCUGCAGCUCCCAAUCCCAGCUCCACCCUUGCAUACCCCUCUGACCCAUCCUAUCUGCCUGUGGAGUCCUCCUUUACACCUGAUGUGGCGCCUGGUGCAGGUGUGGAAGACCUGCCUGAUCCUGUGGGCACUGCCAGCCUCACCCUUGACUCCGCACCCGCUACAGGAAUAGGGGGUGUGUUUGAGGCGCCUGAGCAACCUGAUGACUCACUUCAACAACAGCUGCCACGUCAGAUACACAUUCAGCAGCAUCUCAAGCUGCAUUUUCACCAACAAGGAGCAAAAAAUGGCAAAUAUGAUUUGAAUGGCUUCCUUGGAAAUAGUGGCUAUCAAGGUUAACCCCGCCGACAACGACAAGCAUAAUCUCUAUUUCUGCCGUUGUAUAUUAUUUUUGGUUGUACCCUAAUUGUAUAUUAUUUUUGUGUUUGUAAGUCUAGCGUAAAGACAACAUUUAGACAUUGCUGAGUUGUUAGGUUUUCUGUUUAUGUACUGUAUUAUGUAUAUUUUAAUGCCUUAACCGUUUUUGUCCUGCACUUACUGUUCGCUGUACAAGCAAAGAAUUUUGUUUGGAUCAGCCAGUUUUGCCUGAUGUUAUCAACUCAAAAAUAAUCCUGUAAAACUAAUUUAUUUUGCAUGGGAAAGGGUUUUUUACUACUUGUAGCAAGCAUCAAUUUAUGAUUGUACAGUAUUUGAUUGAAUAAAACCAUCACUGAAUACCAACAGUGGAAAGCUUUCUUCCCCAGAUCGGUUAUGCAUGC